UACACAAUUGUAUAAUUAAAUUAUCUUCUUUUAUCGAUAACCGACAAUUCGUUCGUUUUUGUUUUCAAAUAUUUUCAAAAUAAAACAUUCGAAUUAUUGUUCUUACGACAUUUUCGAGUUGCAUUCGUUGUUUUGAAUUCUAAGCCGUAAAAGAAAGAAAAAUAGACCAAAAAAAUGGCAUUUGUGAUUAAAAGACUGAAAAGAAGUAUCGACGGAGAUGAGCAUAAAAACGACGUCAUCAAAAACAUUUCAAGACUCAGGACAAUUUCGAAGGCGCAAAAUAACAACAUUAACGUGUCGAAGGGUACCAUUAUACUCGCUCUUUCGGGAAGUCGCGAGUUACCGUCUCUAUCUACAGAUAUCAGAGACGUCAAGAGAGACACAGAACCUGUUAGAUCCAACGACGUUAAUUUGCAGGAAAUUUUCCCACCGAGACCGGGAUUCGGAUAUUCUGGCAAGAGGAUAAAGAUCUUAAGCAACUUCUUCGAAAUGGAAAUAGACCAGAGUUGCCUUUAUCAUUACCACGUGGAUAUUAUCCCCGUGAAAAAGAACAAGGAACAGUCCGUCAGUUGCAAAAGAUACAACUGUCUCAACACCAGAGAAAACAGAAAAGUCAUCGACAAUCUUUUGUCGAAUUUUCAAAUAUUUCGAAAUUAUCCCGUCGCUUUCGACGGAAAAAAGAAUUUGUUCAGUUGUAAUCUAAUGCCCAUCGAAGAAGAGAAGACGUUCUUCGUAUCGCUUAAGAGUAACAACAGAACGUGCGAUUACAACGUAGUUUUAAAACCCGUUUGUAAAGACAAAAUGGUUGUUCCUAGGAUCGAUCUACGACCUUUCCGUGGAAAAAGUCUCAAGAACUUCGAAGAGGCUGUCAUGGCCGUGGAUACCAUCAUGCGCCACGGACCCGCAAAAUCUCUGGUACCUAUCGGAAGAUCGUUUUUCUCUUCGUCCAGCGAUAAAGAAAGGAUUUCCGUAGGAGCGGGUAGAGAAAUCUGGUUCGGUUACCAUCAGAGCGUUCGCAUAGCUCAAUGGAAACCCAUGCUGAACGUCGACAUAUCGGCUACCGCUUUCUACAAAAGCGGACCUUUGAUAAAGUUCGUCGAAGAAGUCCUAAAUGCCGACGUCAAACAGUGCAGGGGACUCGACGAUCGUCAGAUAAAAACACUGCAGAAGGAAUUGAAGUCUCUGAAAAUUACGGUAAACCAUCUGCAAUACAAAAAGACGUACAAGAUUAACAGCGUCACCAGCAAACCCGCCAGAUACGUCUGCUUCAUUUGGCAACGAGAAGAUGCGCCGUGUCAGAUCUCCGUUGCGGAUUACUUCAAGAGGCAAUACGGAGAACUUCGAUACCCGCACCUUCCGUGCGUCUGCGUGGGAAACACCAGAAAAUGCUCCUAUUUACCUCUUGAGGUUUGCGAAGUUUGUCCGGGCCAACACUGCAGUAAAAAGAUGGACGAGAAGCAAGAGGCGGAGAUGAUACGAAACACUGCCAGACCCCCGCAAGUUCGGUUUAAAGACAUCACCAAAGCCGUUAAGCAGACUUGCCAAGAAAACCAGGAACUUAACCGGAAAUUCCGCAUCCAAGUAAAUAGUCAACCGGUGCGUGUAGAUGGACGAGUGUUAAUGCCGCCGAUGGUCAUGUAUAGCAAAUUAGAAGAAAUUCUUCCACAGAACGGCGCUUGGGAUCUCAGAGACAAGAGUUUCUAUCGUCCCGUCGACGUAGUUUGGUGGGCAUUUGUCAGCAUGUCCUCGAAUAUCUGCAAGGAAGCGGACAUGUUAAAUUUUGUUCGGAUGAUGUGUCAAGGAGGAAGGAAGUUUGGCAUGAUUAUUAACAAACCCUGCUACCUGAGAGAGUAUUCCUCGACCAACGAUUCCGUAGAUUGUCUUUUGAAAAAUAUAAUAUCUUCCUGUCCCAGAAUUCAAUUAAUUAUGAUCGUCCUGCCUUCUCGAGGAAGAGGAAGUCUCUACGCCGAAAUUAAACAAAUGGCGGAAAUAAGGAUGGGACUAAUCACCCAAUGCGUUAAAGACGUAAAUAUUUUGGGCAAGAGAUGUAACUCCCAAUUGAUCUGCAAUCUGUGCCAAAAAAUCAAUGCCAAAUUGGGUGGAAUCAACAACAUCUUGUCGCCGAUGGUCGUCCCCAAUAUUUUCCAUAAACCGGUCAUCGUCAUCGGUGCCGAUUGCACCCAUCCUUCGCCACACGACAAAAUCAAAUCGUCGAUUGCCGCUUUGGUGGGAAGUUUGGACAAUUAUCCGAGCAGAUACGCCGCCACCGUCAGCGUGCAGACCAACGGCAAGAAGAACAGAAUGGAGAUCAUCGAAAACAUGAAAGCCAUGAUGAAAGACUUAUUGGUCUCGUUCUAUCGAAACACCGGAGGAAAAAAACCCGAAAAAAUCAUAUUUUACAGAGACGGAUUGAGCGAAGGCGAAUUUUCUAAAGCGGUAAACAAGGAAUUGAUGCUAAUGCGCGAUGCCUGCGCAGAAAUGAAUCCUUCCGAAGUAUACCAACCGCCCAUCACUUUCGUCGUGGUGGGCAAACGACACCACACACGUUUCGUGCCAGAAAACUUGGAAGACGGAGUGGGAAAACACCGCAACAUUCCCCCGGGCACGACCGUGGAUACGACCAUCGUCCAUCCCACCCAAUUCGAUUUUUACAUCUGCAGCCACACCGGUAACCAGGGCACCAGCAGACCCGCCCAUUACACCGUGCUGUGGGACGAUAACAAUUUUACGGCCGACGAGUUGCAAACCCUGUCGUAUUACUUGUGCCACACUUACGUCAGGUGCACUCGAAGCAUUUCCAUCCCGUGCCCCGUUAUGUACGCGCAUCUGGCAGCCUACCGUGCCAAACAGCAUCUGUUGGCCAGAUGGGAGAAUGGAGGCAGGAACAACGAUUCCAAUUGUAGUCUCGAUCUUUCGGACGAACAGCUGUUGGAAAACAGCUUCAAUCGCGCGGUCGAAGUGGAUCGCAAGAUCAAAAAUGCCAUGUAUUUCGUUUAGGAAUUUUCGCGACGGUUGCCACGUUGCAUCGCAUUUAUUCGA